AAGACGACUGCGUGAUGCAAUUACGACGAGCGUGGUGUCGCUUAAAGUCGAGUCGCGCGGUCGAGUGUUUCGGAAAAAUCCGUAAGUUAUGUAUUUUGUAUUCUGAUUUCAUCGAGUGUGCAUACACAUCUGCGUGAUUUGCGGAAUCGUUUCUUCUAUCUAUAGAUUAAUCCGCGCCGCACGCACUCGGCCGAGACGUGAGACGUGAGACGCGAGACGGCGAGGAAGGAAGCGCGCGAAUAGCUGUGAAAUUUGCAGCGGAUCGAUCGAAAUCGCGCGAUCGUUCCUCGCGCGAUCGUUUUGCGCGGUCGUUCGCACGUUCGGGACGGGAUAUCUAUCGAUUUUUCGCGCGGAAUGCACGGCCGAAGGAAUCCCACGUAGAAGGAAACGUAGCGCCAAGGCUUAUUUGAAUCGAGCGACGUAGCCUCGAACCGGACGCCUCGCUUGGGCCACGAACUCUCGAACCCCUCGUCCUCCGCGAGUUUUAAUUUUAUUUAUACCCGGGGCGGACGCGUUACGUGGGACAGCCCUUCGGGAAGUCGCGAAAGAUUGUGGAUCGCUCGAAAAUCGCGGAUUAUCCGCGCCGGCAGCGAUAUACGGGCGAUCGCGAGACCGGCCAAUCAGGGAUUUAUCGGGUUUUAAAGCUGCGCCAUCUUCAUUUUUGAACAAAGCCAGGUUGGACGUGCUAGGAGCGAGGCGGGAUCUGGUAGUAGUCCGUUUUGUGCUAUUCGCGCCACAGUCGUCGACACACGCUCCACUCCUGACUGAUUCGGCCCUCCGCCGCUCACCCCCUUCCCACUAUCAGUCGGUCUCUUUCCCCCCUACUACUCACGUUCUCCCUCUUUCUCGCGGCCCCUCGGGUCUUCGCCUGACGACGCUGCUCUCUCGAGCAUUCCGGCGGAAACCGACGUCGUGUGAGGACACGUAUUCGUAGUCUCGUUGCGCGUACACGCCGCAGCCGCCGCCGCCGCCGCCGCCGCCGCUAACGCCGCCGCCGCACUUUCGUACUUCGAGUUCAGUUCGAGUCGCGAAGCCGAGCUAUUUGGAUUAUCGACGCGCACGCCGCUUCUAGAAUUCCACCAAUCAUGAGUACUAAGGAAAAUAACGAGGUCGCCGUAGAGAAGGUGACGGAGAACGACAAGGCAUCCGCGGACGCAAAAUGCGAUAUCAAGGGAAUCAAGAGGCCAGCCGAGGAAAAGAAUGAAGAAACGAAGAAACAGAAAAAGGAGGAAAAUGGUGAUGGAGAGGUAGAAGAGGAGGAGAUCGAAGAAGAAAUUGAAGAAGAGGAAGAAGUGGACGGUGACGGAGAGGAAGACGAUGAUGAUGAUGACAUACCUGAGGGUGAAGAAGAUUUAGAAGAAGGAGAAGAUGAAGAAGAUGACGAUGCGGAAGGUGAGGUAGAAGGUGAGGUAGAAGAUGAAGAAGACGACGCAUAAUGAAAAAAGGGAAACAUUAUGCAAUUAAGAAGGGAGGCGUUAGGCACGAGACGACAUCGUGGUCGAUUUUGGCAAAUUCAGCAAACUUACUCUCAUAUUGAGUGGUUGGUAACAAUGUUGAUACCCAUCGUGCCCAAUCCGUUUUAUUGGAUCCUCUCUAUCUUCCGACCUACAAAUAAAAAUUACCACCUCACCGGAAUUGUGGUGGGCUGACACGCAUUUAGAUGCGUGUAUGCGCAAUUCUCUAUUCGGCUCUUCGCAAUUCUGGUCGUUUAGCCGUCACCAAAUGCUGUUAGGUAGUUUGAAUGAUAACUAUAUAUUCGUCCUGUGGAUUCGAUAAGUUGAUCUUAUUUACUAUCUAGAUUCUUAUUUCUCGAUUGAUCGCGUUCAUAUGUACACGAUUCCCAAGACGAAUCUAUCGUUUGAUCUGAACCACCUAUUAACUGGUAUUUGCCGUCAUCUGGCUUUCUUCGUCGGGACAAUUUUAUAUCGAAAACUUAUUUAAGAUAAAAAAAACUAUUAUAUUUAAAUAGUGUAAAAUGAAUAUUUAAAGGUGAUGAUUUUUUUACAUUUAAAAUCAAAUUUACGUUUGUAGUUCGACGAAUGUCUCUCUCACCUUGUGCGUGUGAUAUAUUGAGUUCUUCUUCUCGAAUCGAAAUGUGUAAUUGCAGUGUCUUCACAGGAGCGCGAGGCUAUCGAGCGGAAUUAAGUGAUUAAUUCAUACGUAACAUAUACGGCAAAUAAAUAAAGUAAAUAGACAUGAAUGGACAUCUCUCGACAUUCAAUGUAUACUAAAAACGAGAAAAUCUUAAAAA